UGUUGUCUAGGUGAUAUAAUAUGGCCGCCGCUUUUUCUCAAGAAUCAGUAACUUUCACUGAAACAUCAUGCGAAAAUAUAGGAUACGCAAAAGAAUUUUGGCGAGCAAUUGAUGGAAAUUGGGAUGAAAAGUCACGACUGUUUGUCUCAGGGGUAGAUCAUCGGUUGCAUACUGCUGCAUGGAGCGAUAGAAAAACAUCUACUGCAAGAAAAGUAAAUGAUAAUCGUCUAAAUCCUGAUGCUGAACCAGGUUUUGAGAGAAAUAGAAAUGAAUGUAACAGAAGACUCAGAAUCGAAGAGGAAGAAUAUAUUCAAACAGUUCUAGGUCAAAAGAAGGAUCAGCAAGGUCUUAUGAAAAAGCGAAGAGAAGAACGUUUGGCAAAAGAAAGCAUAAGAGGGAUCAUUAAACAGACCUUUCUGGAGGAACUAUCAAUUGUUGAUGCUGAUAACGAUGAUAAAUUGAAUAAUAUGGAAAAUGAAGGUCUUCAAGCAAUGAAAGAUAUUGACAAUUUUGAAAGAAAUAUAAAGAUGACAAAUGAAAGAAGAAAAGAGAAUCACUAAACUUUUUUAUGCUAAAUUAUAAAGCUAUUAACUGUCAUAUGAUGGAAAUUAUGCAAUGUGAAAAUAACCCUAUAGGUAUAAGGUUUUGUUAAUAAUUUAUUGCUAUUUGGAUGGGUA